AUGGGCAGAACGAAGGCACAAGCAGCCGAAGACUUCAAAGCCUUCCACGCCAAGAUCCCAAGAAGCGAUAUACAAAUCUUCUCGGAUGGCUCAAAAAGUGAAAGCAAGGAUGGCGCAACUGGGGGCGGAUUCGUAAUCUCACAAUUCGAUAUUCAGAUAGCACACCAUUCUUUCUCAUUAGGCACAAAUGCAGAAGUGUUCGAUGCAGAAGCCACAGCCGCAGUAGCAGGGGCAGCAAAAGCCCUCACUCUAGCAUCAACCAAACUGGCCACAGAUCUCUGGAUCUUCUUAGACAACCACGAGGCUGCUCUCCGAUUAGGAUCCCACUUCAAUGGUUCCUCACAGAGAGUCUUUGAAGACUUUCUGAAGCUCACACAAGCUUGGGCUGUUAGACCAAGGCUCCCACACACCUCCCCCGGGAAAAUCCGCGUCCGAUGGGUCCCAGGGCACCUGGAUAUCCCUGGCAACGAAAUAGCUGACAAAGCCGCUAAGGAAGGAACAAAACUCCCCUUUCCCCUCAACCCGAUCUGUACGCUAGCAUCCCUAAAAAGAAUGAUCAGAACAAGGGCCAACAAAGCAGACGAACAAUUAUGGAAUACAGUCAGCCCACAAUACUACAAAGAUCUCCAACUCAACCACACUUCUAAUACAGACACCCUCUCUCUGAAGAGAGCCACACUCCACCAUAUUCUCGCUAUCAGAUCACAGCAUGGCGACUUCGCAGCAUACCAUGAACGCUUCAAUCACACUACAGCCUACGUCCAUUGCUCGUGCGGUAAAAGGAAAACUCCAUUACACUUUUUCUUUUGCAAAAAAGGAAAAGCCUUCAAAGCGCUCACAAAGAGCCCCCCCUCCGAAGCUAUCCCCUGGCUUCUAAGAAAUUCCACCGGUAUAGCCAAACUAGCCGAAUGGCUAGAAUACACCAAGUUCUACACAAAAAUCUGCCCGUGGCACACAGGUGCAAGAUAA